GUCUUUGUAUAUAUAUUUGUUUUGGAAACAGCUUUGGUCUUUCUAUAUAAGACCGUAAGAAGUCUUCGAAUUAUAUUAUUUAUCAUCAAUCAUGCAUUAAUUAAUUUAAUUUUUGUAUAUUUUUUAAAUCUGUCUCCAGGCUCUUAUUUAGUCGUGUCUUUGAGUUGCCAAAAUAUCAAAAGUUUGAGAAAAAAAUGAGUCGUCUUGAAGCUGAAGGAAGAGCCCCAAGUUGCUGGUGGCGCUUUGGCUUUUGGUUAACCAUCUUAGCUGGACUUAUCAUUCUCAUAGUUUGGAUAAAUCUACGUCCAACGGGUUCAGACAUUCCAAAAUGCUCAGUCGAAUACUUUUACGUUCCAGCCCUCAACAAAACCCUAAACUCACGACUCAACACCACUCUCAACUUCAUGGUUCGUCUAGCUAAUCCAAACAGUGAACAAGGAAUCUACUAUGACGACGUCCACCUUUCCUUCUCCAGCGUCACCUAUGUAUUCAUCGCUAACUACACGGUGCCAAGAUUCUACCAGGGACGCAAGAAGAAAGCCAAGAAGUGGGGUCAGGUUGUGCCUCUGAACAACCAGACAGUUUUAGAAGCGGUUUUGCCUAAUGGAUUGGCGAGUUUUCGGAUAAACCUGAAGACACAAGUGAGGUACAAGAACUCGUUUUGGAAAACUAGGAGGUUUGGGGUCGACGUUGGUGCUGAAGUUGGAGUCAACGGGGAUGGAGUUAAAGCUAAUAAGAAAGGGAUUAGGUUGAAGAAAUCUGACUCUUCUUCAUCUUCUUCAUUAAGAAGCUAUUUUCCUGUUUGUGUUUUGACGAAUCUGCUUGCUUUCUUUGCUAUUUGUUGAACUGUUUGGUGCUUUUGAUUUUCAUUUGCUUCUUUGUU